CCAUUCGUAGCUAUUGUUUUUAACUUUUUUGCCAAGUAAAAUUCAAUUCAUGAUAAUUGGCUUAAUCUUCAAUCUUUAUUUCACGAGUUCCACAAAAACGAUCAACCCUUGCAUUUCCAUUCUUCAACCUCUCAAGUCUCACCUCAUCUCUUCCAUUAAAGAUAAAACGAACCUUUUGCUAGAGAGAUAAACUAGGGUUUUGUUUGCUCAAUUUGACAUCCUAAUUGAUUGAUUCAGUUGAACUACAAUGGCGGCCUAUACAAUUUGCAGACGAUUUCAUCAACUCAGUACUAAUCCAUUCUUAAAUUCGAGAAAAUUCAACGAAUUACAUUCUUUAAAAAAUGUUUCUAAUGCUAAUAAUCGACUUUGUUCAUCGUCGUUUUCUUCGCGUUUACGUUACGGAAGUAGGUACAUUGACGCUAAGUUUAUUUCUCAACUUGUAAACUCUAAUGGUAGACGAUUGUUUCUCGUUGAUACUUUAGCACUUGUAAGGAAAUUAGAAGCUCAAGGUAUUCCGUCGAAACAAGCUGAAGUAAUUACUGCUGCAAUCACCGAGGUUCUUCACGAUAGUCUGGAAAAUGUGUCGCAUUCCUUUAUGACUAAGGCUGAAAUGCAGAAAUUCGAGAUGACACAGGAGGCAAACUUGGCUAAGUUCAAAUCUGAAGUACAUAGCUCACAGGAACACCAUUUUUCUCUGUUGCAACGGGAGGCAGAGAAACUCCAGAGUGACUUAGAGAAGAUGCGCAGUGAAUUGAGGUAUGAAAUCGACAAAGUUACUGCUGGACAGCGGUUGGAUUUGAAUCUUGAAAAAGGGAGGAUACGAGAUGAGUUGGCUAAUCAAACUGCAGAAACUAAUAACCUCACAAACAAACUUGACAGGGAAAUUCAUGCAUUAAGGGCACAAUUAGAGGCCGCAAAAUAUGAUGUGAUCAAGUACUGCAUAGGUACCCUUGUAUCAAUCUCGGCUGUUGGCCUUGCAGUGCUACGUAUAUUGCUGUGAGGUGGAUUGCUGCCUGUCGUCUUAUUCCAACAUCAGCAUAGCAUCUAUUUACAAGGUGACUGUAGCUUUGAUCAAAUAUUCAUAUUUCGUGUUAUCAUGACAAACAGUAAAGAAAAUAUGAGAUUUUCGUACAGGAUAAACAUAACAGGCCAAUAUGAACAGAUGUGGAUGUUUUUUUUUUUCUCACAUCUGUUGUGCUCAAAAGUGUAAAAUUCAUGGCAGUCCAAUUAUUUAGCUGCAAUUUGUAACACUUAUUAGUGAUGUUAUUUGUCAAUACAUCUUUAUCAUUUAACUUGUACGUAUCUGGUUAUUUGUCUAGGGUCGAUUAUUGUA